UGUCUGUUAUACAACAGUUGUGUUGUGUUGUGUUGGUGUGGUGGUUGUGCGUAUUUAAUUAUUUCUCACUACUCUCCUUUUCUUUCUUAGUAUAAGACACAUUUAUAGCAUCCAUUCAAAUGGGAAAACCAUCUUCAACCUUAAUCCAUUUGUUAUAGUACUUGCUACUCAUAAAUAUCUCCAAUGACAAUGAUCUUAUUAUGGCUUUUAUUCUUACCCUUUUGCCUCAUAAACUUGAGCAUCAAUACUGUUUUGGUGACUAGCCUUUGUGUUGGUAAUCAACAAUCUUUAUUGCUUCAGAUGAAGAAGAACCUCAUAUUCAAAUCCACCAUGUCCCAAAAAUUAGUUCAUUGGAACCAAAGUGAUGAUUGUUGUGAAUGGUAUGGAGUAACAUGCAACAACAAAGGACAUGUUAUAACUCUUGAUCUGAGCAAUGAAUUUAUCUCAGGCCAACUUCAAAGUAGUCUCUUCAACUUGAAGCAUCUAGAGAAUUUGAAUUUGGCCUAUAAUGAAUUCCAUUCUGAAAUUCAUUCUGAGUUUCAAAAUUUGAACAAUUUGAAGUAUUUGAAUUUGUCAAAUGCUGGCUUUCAAGGAAAACUUCCUAAUUCAAUUUCAGAUCUUACUCAACUUGUUCAUCUAGACUUGUCAUUCAAUAACUUCACUGGUCCUCUUCCAUCUUUUAAUAGGUCCAAGUCCCUCAAAGUUUUAUCCCUCAAUCAUAAUAAUUUCAAGGGCCUAGUUCCAUCUACUCAUUUUGAAGGCCUAAUAAAUCUCAUGAGCAUUGAUUUAGGAGAUAACUCCCUUGAAGGAAACUUCCCCUCAUCAUUGUUUAGACUUCAAUCUCUUCAAAUACUCAUGCUUUAUUACAACAAAUUUGAUGGUCAUUUGGAAGAAAUUCCAAAUGCUUCUUUGUCAUUAUUAGAGAUGGUUGAUUUAAGUGGCAACAACAUUGAAGGACCUAUUCCUUUGUCUAUCUUCAAACUAAAAAGACUCCUUUUGCUUCAACUUUCUAAAAACAAGUUCAAUGGUACUAUACAACUUGAUGUAAUUGGAAGGCUGCAAAAUUUGAGUACACUUGAUCUUGCACAUAACAACUUGUUUGUUGAUGCAAGUAUUAGGCAUGAACACGAGGCAUCAUCUUUUCCGAAUUUGAAACGUCUUUGGUUGGCUUCAUGCAAUUUAAGUGCAUUCCCUGAAUUCUUGAAAUAUAAAUCCUCAAUGCAAUUUCUAGACUUAUCAAGCAACCAGAUUUCAGGACCAAUACCAAAUUGGAUUUGGAGUUUUGAUUAUAUGGUCAUCCUAAAUGUUUCCUACAAUUUUCUAACAGAUUUUGAAGGGCCUAUUCAUAAUCUUAGUUCAAAUUUGCUUAAACUUGACCUUCAUUCUAACAAACUACAAGGGCAUGCUCCAACGUCUUUUAAAAAUGCCAUCUAUUUGGACUACUCAAGCAAUAGAUUCAACUCUAUUAACUUCGCAGAAAUUGGUGGUCACAUCCCUUUUUUAUAUUUUCUAUCUCUUUCAAACAACAGUUUUAAUGGAAGAAUCCAUGAAUCCUUUUGCAACAUUUCCGGUCUUCGAGCGCUAGAUCUUUCUCAUAAUAGCUUCAAUGGCUCCAUUCCUAUUUGUUUGACAAGAAUGAGUAGCACUCUCAGGCUAUUAGAUCUUGGUGGAAACCAACUCAAUGGAUAUGUUUCAGAUACAUUCUCAACAUCAUGUAGUCUAAGAUUUUUAGAUCUUAGUGGAAAUCAUUUAAGGGGAACCAUCCCAAAAUCUUUGGCUAAUUGCAAACACCUACAAGUUCUAGACCUUGGAAAAAAUCAAUUAACUGAUGGAUUUCCUUGCUUCUUGAACAACAUUUCAUCCCUUAAAGUCAUGGUUUUAAGGACAAACAAAUUGCAUGGAAAUAUUGAAUGUCCAAAUAACAUUGGCCCUUGGGAGACACUUCAAAUUGUUGAUCUAGCAGCCAAUAAUUUCAGUGGUAUUUUACCAGAAAAACUCUUACAAAGUUGGCAAGCAUUGAGGAUUGAUGAAGAUAAAGGUGGAAAGUUUGGCCAUUUAUAUUUUAAUCUCUAUGAUGAUUUCAAUCCUUUGAAUUUCAUGGCUGCAAUAGUAGACCUAAACAUUGAGCUUCAAAUGAAAUUAGCUAAACUUAAUGCAGCAGAACCACCUUUUUUAAUAGAUCAUAUAGUAUCUCAUAUCUUUGAGGAAGGUGUUGGUCUUAGAAGUUAUGAGGAUUCAGUUACAAUUGUGAACAAAGGUCACCAGUUGAAUUUGGUUAAAAUCCUCAUUGCAUUUACUUCUUUGGAUUUCUCAUCCAACCACUUUGAAGGGCCGAUACCAGAAGAGCUCAUGAGUCUGACAGCACUUCAUGCUCUUAACUUGUCACAAAAUGGUUUCUCAGGUAGAAUUCCUUCUUCUUUAGGCAAUCUAAAACAUCUUGAGUCAUUGGACUUGUCUGUCAACUCCUUAAUUGGCGAGAUUCCUAUAGAAGUUGCAAGGUUAUCAUUUCUUUCAGUUGUGAACCUUUCUUGUAAUGACUUGGUGGGAAGAAUACCAACUGGAACACAAAUUCAAUCAUUUGAAGCAGAUUCAUUUAAAGACAAUGAAGGGUUGUGUGGACCUCCACUGACACAAAAUUGCAGUAGUGGGAAAAGCUUGUCACAAGAAGCAUACGAAACAGCUUAUUCUGAUGAUGGGAGUUCAGUUGAUUGGAAUUUCUUAAGUGUUGAGUUGGGAUUGACUUUUGGGUUAGGAAUUUUCCUCCUCCCCCUUAUUUACUUGAAGAGAUGGAGGAUAUGGUAUUGGAAGAAAGUUGAUGACAUGCUUUGUAGGAUUGUUCCUCAGCUUGGUUUUGUUUAUGAAAAUCGCAGAGGCGAAAAGCAUAGAAUUCUAAGGAGGAAGAAGUAAUGAUACUGAUACUGAUACUCCAAGUUUGUUUGUGUAUGACUGUUAGUGCACAACAGGCCUGCUAUGCUAUCACUAGAGAGAGUGAGUGCAAAUGCUCCUCUUUAAUUAAGAGAGGUUUUACUUAGUAGUGUUAUGUUGAUUGUUAAAGGGGCAUGGAAGUGUAAAUGUAAAUUAAAAUAACAAUGCCUAUUAA